AUGGCACCUGGAAUAAUGUGUUUUGGAAAGAAGUCCGAGGAUCCGACCUACCGGAAAAAUGAGGAGAUCGAGCGCCAGCUGCGCCUGGACAAGAAGCGCCAGGAAAGGGAGGUAAAGCUUCUGCUGCUAGGAGCCGGCGAGAGCGGCAAGUCGACCGUCCUCAAGCAGAUGCGCGUUAUCCACGCCGGAGGCUUCUCCAAGUCCGAGCGGAAGCAAUGGCGCGUCGUGAUCUUCAACAACCUGAUUAAUGCCUUCGAGAUCAUCUUCAGCGCCAUGACCGAGCAGGCGUUGCCCUUCGAUAACCCGGAAUGCUCUAACUUCGCCGAGCUCGUCAACCAUGAGCCUGAGAUUGGCCCCGAGGACUCGAUGCCCAGGGAAUUCCUGGAUGCCUUCACCGCGCUCUGGGACGACAAGAACGUGCAGAUGGCCAUUCUCAAGGGCAACGAGUACGCUCUGCACGACAAUCUCAGCUACUACUUCCAAGACAUCGACCGCCUCUUCGCCAAGGAUUACCUGCCGACCGACCAGGACAUUCUGCGCACAAGAUUAAGGACGACCGGUAUCUCUGAGACGAUAUUCGAUCUAGGUAACCUGACGUAUCGUAUGUUCGACGUCGGUGGCCAGCGUUCGGAGCGUAAGAAGUGGAUUCACGUGUUCGACAACGUCCAGGUCGUGCUAUUUCUCGUUGCCAUUAGCGGAUACGACCACGUGCUGGUAGAGGACAGGAAUGGCAACCAAAUGCACGAGGCUCUUAUGCUGUUCGAGUCCAUCUCUAAUUCAAAGUACUUUGAGAAGUCGGCCCUGAUUCUCUUCCUCAACAAGGUUGACUUGUUCCGCGAGAAGAUCCUGGCUGGCAACAGUCCGAUCAACAAGCACUUCCCCGACUACUACGGCAAGGCAAACGACAUCGAGGCGGGCCAGGAGUUCUUCGCGAACAAGUUCCGCAACCUCGUCCGGGCACCGAAGAAGGAGGUCUACGUCCACUACACGACAGCAACCGACACGGAUCUCCUAAAGAAGACGAUGGCGUCGGUGCAGGACAUGAUUGUCCAGCGCAACCUCAAUGCACUAAUACUGUGA